AUGGCGGAUAUGCCGCCACUCCUUCCUACACCCCCAAAUCAUCAGAGGUUGCGACCUGAAAUAGAACAACAGAAUGCCUGCAAACGAGAUUGGGAUCGCCAAAAGGUAGAAAUAAUAGAAAUGUACUUAGAUGAGAAGGCUGAUAAGUGGUUCCAAGGUGUUAAGCUUGGAAAACCUAAAUUGAGUUGGGUAGAAUUUGGAGAUCUAUUAUGUAAGAGGUUUGCAGAUAGCAUAUGUAAGGAUGUGGUGGAGGAAUUCAACAAAUUAAGACAAGAAGGCAGUAUAGAGGAAUAUCAGGAAAAAUUUGAAGAGUUGAAACCGUUGAUGUUGAUUAAGAUCAGGAACUUGGAUGAGAACUACUUCAUCUCCAACUUCAUUAGUGGCUUAAAAGAAGAGAUUAAACCAAUGAUUAGAAUGCUAAAACCAGCUACAUUGGUUGAGGCUUUUGAGUUGUCACAGUGGCAAGAGUACUCACUCAAAGUACAGAACAAACACUCCAAGGAAAACUUCAAACUAUCUGGGGAGAAUAGGUUUGGAAUAUCAAGAGGAAAUACCUCAGCCUUAAGUAGCAAUACUUAUAGAGUUCCUGCCAAUAAUACUGUCAAAACCUCUAGGUUCAGUAACAGAUUACAGGAGGACAGCGGAGAGCUGAAGAAAAUUUCAGCACAGGAGCUACAAUAUAGGAGAAGUAAGGGACUCUGCUUUAAGUGUGGAGAGAAAUAUAGCAUUGGCCACCAAUGUGCAUUAGGACACGUCAACUGCAUGAUACUAGAAGAAGAAGAAGAUGCUGCUUUUGAGGAUGCGAUGGAGAACAAGAUGAACAAACUGGUAACCCAGGGAAUACUAGAUGGUGAGAAGGUUUUCAUGCUGGUAGACACUGGUAGCUCUGAUUGCUACAUUAACAGUGAGAAAGUCAUUGGGAUGAAUAUUGACUACAAAUGGGUUGAACAACCAUUCUCUGUCAUCAUGGGAAAUGGAACCACUGUGACUAGCAAUGCUAUCUGUCCAAAUGUACACUGGAGAAUCAACCAACAUAACUUCAAAUUCGAUUUAAAGGUGAUAGAGCUAGACCGAUGGGACAUAAUAUUAGGGGUAGAUUGGAUGACACAUUUUAGUCCUAUCACCUUUGAUUUUCAGCAACUCAGGAUAUCACUGCACCAUGAGGGAAGUGAGAUUCACUUGCAUGGACAAGCUGAGGACUGUGAGAUGGACUUGAUUAGAGGGAAGGAUUUGAGGACGUUCAUAGAAUACAAAAGACAAAUGUGCAUGACCUUGAAUUGUAAAGGUGAAUCAGAAGGAAAAGAGGAAAUUAUCCCACAGAGAGUUAGGGAGAUACUCCAAGAAUUUGAAGAUGUGUUCCAGACUCCAAGCUCCCUACCUCCCAGCAGGAGUGUUGAUCACGCCAUUCAUCUGAAACCAGAUGCACAACCCUUCAAGUUGAAGCCAUACAGGUAUCCACACUGCCAUAAGGAGGAAAUAGAGAAACAGGUGACGGAAAUGCUUCAGAAGGGGAUAGUCAAGUACAAUAACAGCCCGUUUGCAUCCCCUAUAUUGUUGGUCAAAAAAAAAGAAGGAACUUGGCGUUUUUGUGUGGAUUAUAGAAGUUUGAAUGAAUUAACCAUCAAAGAUAGAUUUCCCAUACCUAAUGUGGAUGAAUUAUUAGAUGAAUUAGCUGGCUCAGUCUACAAAACAAAGCUGGGCCUCACGGCUGGAUACCACCAGAUUAGAGUCAAGUCUCAAGACACAUUCAAGACAGCUUUCCAAACUCACUGUGGGUAUUUUGAAUUCCUAGUCAUGUCAUUUGGACUCACUAAUGCACCAGCAACAUUCCAGUCACUGAUGAAUCAAGUGUUUUAG